UCCCGGCCUGGUUGAACUGUAGCCGUGGUGUCCGAGAGAACGCUGGCCAACGAGCGAGCAGCGAUAACACCGACGAGCGAGCGUGGGGAAUGACAGACGCGCGUUAGAGUGUAGCUGUCUUCAAUUGAUCCCCGACAAGGUGACACAAUUUCACUGUUACCGGUGGAGCUAAAACAGAGGCUACGCGUGCUGGCUUGUUUACAUGCCUUCUUCAGUAUAAUACAUAUGGUCCCGCACUUAUGGCGUAAACCGGUGACACCCUCGAGUCUACACGGACAUCGUGUCGUCGAUCUGGUCUUUCAAUCGAACUGGACACCGCUUCAUCUCCGAUUGAUAGUUUCCAAGUGAUUAUUGCGAUUGUUCCUGCUAGUGGCGUCCAGCCCCGAGGACGAAAACGACCUUAAAUAUCAUAUUUGCCGGGGUUUCAUUGACGUCACGCCCUGGUGUCACGUGGUCGUCGAACGGACCGGAUUGGUGGAUCGGCCGAAUUUAGUGUUGACAUCACAGAGACAUCGCCGUUCCCAUGUUAACCAAUAUUGGUCUGUUUCUGUAAUAUUUCCACUCGCCUGGGUAAUACACUGUUGUGGCUUGUCUGGUUCUAUAGUGACUUGCCUCGCUGACACUGGCGAGUACAGCAGGAAUGUGUUGCAACAGGGCCACCACCGGCUCUCUAGUGUGCCGGCGUUCAAUCUCUCUGGAACUGUACUAGACCUGGAGCUACAAGUGUGAGGCGCAAUCUGACCUCUAGAGAGAGGGUCUACUUUAUAGCCAGUCAGUCAAGUUCUGACUAACUCAUCUAACCCAUGAUAAGUGUUCGCAGUGCCCAUUCAUGUCGACAGAUUUGGAGGAACUGUACUAUGAUACACCGUAUCUAAACCACGACUGUGUACAGAGAUAUUAAUUCUCGGAGGGAUUCAUACCUAAAUAUCAUAUAAAUAUCACCACGUCGCUAUUCCGUGCCGCAACUUGACAUAUUGUGGAUAAACCUAUGUUACGGAAAGGAUUACACGGAACAGACCCAGAAUGGUAGCCACCCUAACAGUGUCCGGGACUGCUGACGGCGACUAAAUCCACCCCUUCGGCAUCGUUUCAGGAGGAGUGAGCAAGGGGAUGGGGUGCACACCCAGUAUUCAUGUCUCACAGACUGGGGUAGUCUACUGUCGCGAGUCGGACGACUCUAACUCACCACGCCCAUCUUACAGUACCACCACCUACCACGCCGCACACGGACAGAUCAUACGUACGGAAGUAACGGACACAAGUGUGUCGUCCCCUUACGCCGGAUCUAUCUCGGGGAAACCAAAUAUGAAGAUUACUACAACAGAAAAUGAGAUAUCUUUUGGACCUUUGAAAUUAAACCAGCACACAAUGUCGAUAUUACUAGUAUUUGCGAAAGAAGACGCACAAAGUGAUGGUUUCUGGUGUGCCGCUGACAGGAUUGGAUAUAAGUGUAACAUUUCUCGGAAUCCAGAAGGAGCACUGGAAUGUUUCCUUGAUAAGCACCACGACCUUGUUGUCAUUGAUCACAGAUCUACUAAACACUUUGAUGCGGAGGCGCUCUGCCGGUCUAUAAGAGCCACCAAAGCCAGUGAGCACACAGUCCUGGUCGCAGUCACCAAAGGACACACCACAGACAAAGAAGAACCCUCCAUAUUACAGCUACUGAAAUCAGGUUUCAACAGAAGAUACAUAGAGAAGACAAAUGUUGGGAGCUGCAUCAACGAGUUGCUGUCACUGGAGCAUGGCGAGGUUCGCUCCCAGAUCAAACUGAAGGCCUGCAUCGCCCUCUUCACAGCGUUAGACAAUGUGUCUGAUGCUGUGGAGAUUACUAAUGAAGAGAAUGAAAUUCAGUAUGUGAAUCAUGGGUACGAACGCCUGACGGGCUACACAAGCGAGGAGGUGUGUGGCCAGGAUGCACGGGAACUCCCAAGGUCCGAUAAAAAUAAACCUGACCUGCAAGAAACCAUCAAUGGGCAGCUGAAGAAGGGGAAGUAUUGGGAAGGAACUUAUCACACAAGGAGGAAAAGUGGGGAGACGAUACCGCACCACUGUAGGGUGGCACCAGUAUUAGGACCAGGGGGGAAAAUUUGUCAAUUUGUGUCAGUAAGAACAUCUCCACUAGAUCUCUCCCAGCACAUGGACCGAGUCAAGGACUCCGACUACACCCCACUAGCCAAUGGUGGAAUCCACGGCUUCCCCAAGCGAAGGGAGUCUGUAGCGCGGAUACACUCCAUGACAAUAGAGGCUCCGAUUACAAAGGUGAUAAACAUCAUCAACGCAGCCCAGGAGAACUGCCCGCUGACAGUGGUCCAGUCCCUGGACCGAGUACUGGACAUCCUCCGCACCAGCGAGUUGUACUCACCAUACUUUGCUCAACGUAUGAAGGAUGAGGACCCCAUGACCUCUGACCUUGUUGGCGGUUUAGUAUCACAAAACAUGAAACGUCGACUCUCAGGUCACGAUACACAUAUACCCAAAACAACUCACCAUCCCCAUGCUCACAUUCCGUCUAGUCCGACUGCCCUGACGCAGAUACCAGAAAACAUACAGGCAAUUCUAGAGAAUGAGAAAUCCUGGGACUUUCAUAUAAUAGAGUUGGAGAAAGGCACCAAUAAAAGACCUCUAGUGUUUUUAGGUUUACAAAUAUUUUCCCGGUUUGGAGUGUGCGAGUAUUUGAAUAUCAGUGAAACCUGUCUGACGAACUGGUUACAGUUGAUUGAAGCCAGUUACCAUGCCUGCAACCCUUAUCAUAACUCCACGCAUGCAGCCGAUGUUCUUCAUGCUACGGCAUACUUCCUGGAUAAGGAGAGAGUCAAGAAUGUGUUCGACCAAGGUGAUGAAGUUGCAGCUCUGAUUGCUGCUGUCAUCCACGAUGUUGACCACCCUGCCAGAACAAAUGCGUUCCUCAUCAACGACGGCAAUAGUCUUGCUCUUCUCUAUAAUGAUGUGGCUGUGUUGGAGAACCAUCAUGCAGCGCUUGCAUUCCAGCUGACACACAGGGAUGAGAAUGUCAACAUCUUCAAAAACCUUGAGAAGGACGAGUAUCGCCAGAUGCGUCAGAUGAUAAUCGACAUGGUCCUGGCUACCGAAAUGAAGCAGCAUUUUGAGCAUUUGUCAAAGUUUGUAAAUAGCAUCAACAAAAGUUCCCUCCGGUCGGAGGAGGAGAUGUCGGAGAGCAGUCACACAUCUCAUGACACGCUGCUGUCCGUGGCCCAGCUGUCGACCCCGGAGAACCGCAUCCUCAUCAAGAGGAUGUUGAUCAAGUGUGCUGAUGUCUCCAACCCUGUACGCCCCAUCGACCUGUGUGUGGAGUGGGCCAAGAGAAUAGCUGAGGAGUACUUUAGUCAGACCGACGAGGAGAAGGAUCGGAAGCUUCCUGUAGUGAUGCCGGUGUUUGACCGCAAGUCCUGCAGUAUACCCAAAUCUCAAACCAGCUUCAUUGACGUCUUCAUCCAGACCAUGUUUGAAGCAUGGGAUCAAUUCAGUGACAUCCCAGAGCUGAUGUCAAAUCUCCAGGACAACUACAAGUACUGGAAGGAAAAGGAAGAGAUGGAGAAAGAGGGGGAAACUCAGGACAACAGCAUCCAAGAUGACUGUAGUGAACAGGACAGCAUAGACGCCGAUUCUGGCAAAACAUGAUCUAGCCUCCAUCUUCCUGGCAACACGUCUUACUUACCUCCCUGUUAAGAGAGCGCCACAUUUGAUGGCAGCCAUCUUCUAGUCGGCUAGGAAGGAGAUAUUCACCUCAAGACUAAUUCAACUUCUAGCCUAGAUACUACUUGCCCACAACUAUUUUGUAUCUGGGAGGAUAUAUUUCUGUAUGUGAAAAAUGGAAAUUGAAGUUGUUCUUGUGCGUGUGAUGGUUGUUUUAAUUCUUGAAGGAAGUAAUGCUGAAAUUAAUACACCUAUUUCAAAAUGCCAACGGGAAGAAUGAAGUCUUUCAAGAAUGAUGGUUUUAUCAAGGAAAUAUUUGAUUCCAUCCAAACAGAUACCAGAUCAAGAACUGCACAAUUUGGAGAAAGUACUACAAUGACCUACAAAUGGGCUGUGUUGGAUCAUAACAGUAUCUUUCCUUGGAAAGUGUUCCAUUAGACGCAAUACCUACAGAGAAAUGUGAUUGUAUAAAUUGUUUGAAGGAGUAUAUAUAUAUAUUUGUGAAUGUAAAUUCUAUCCCAUCCCUCCAUGUUGGAGCAACUGGUUGUAUCGUCUCCGUUGCCGAGACGUAUGACCAUCAAGGCCUCAUCAAGGAGCUGCGAUAGGUCACUGCAUUUACAGAAACAGUCCUGGUUAAGGCAGAAUAUGAUGAAGUCACCACAGUGGAUGAGACUACAGCCACCAGAUGGUCAUCCUGGGACUGGACAGCAGGCCAUGUCCAUUCAUCAUAGCUUUACGUCUUUUAUUAUGCUAUGGACAUGAGGAUUUAAUAAGAAGUUUUCAAUCCUGUCUUAUAAGGAGAGAAGGCCAAGUAUUUUGUCAUGUGAUUAUUUAUUUUGAAAUUACUGUCGUUCCAGGAUAAGGACAAAUAGUCAUGGUAAUGAAGUCAAGUGAGGCAAUUUUAUAAGUGAAUCUGUCUCCUUUUUUAAGGACACAGACUUCAAAGACCAAAUUCACUCAGACCCGACAUUGUAAGAUAAGCAUGAUUAGUGAAUAUAUGGGAUCCAACUGGAGAAAAGGGACUUUAUGGGUACUGGGAUACAAUUGUGGUGUGACUCAAAGAAAGACGUUUGACGUUUGACUAGUACGUUUGACGUCAGCGAACUUCUGUGCAGACUGUUAAAAAUAUCCUAUUUUUCUUUCGUUAGUUUGUUAGGUUAAAAGACCAUGACAAAACAUUUCAGCAUCCAUGUCUACUUUCAGUUAAGCAGACAUUAUAUUUAAAAACUGCAACCAUAACAUAAAUAGUUUUAUGUCUGAAAAUGGGACUUUGCAGAAAGUGAGUCCAAAUGUUUGAUGCCAUGCAUCUCAGUAAUAAACAUCAAUGGAAGAUUAUGAAUUGAUUUUUAUGGUCCUAAGAUACCAUAGUAUUCAGAUAGAUUAAGAAGACAAUAUGUGAUUUUUUCACCCAUAAGGUCCCUUGUCUCAUAGUUGGUCACAUAUAUUGUCAGUGCAAGAGAAUAACCAGUCUAGAGGUCUAGAUUAAAUUUUGGCGUAAAGGGCAAAAUAGCUGUGAAAAUUAUACGAAUUGACCACUGGAAAGAUUAAAUUUUGGCGUAAAGGGCAAAAUAGCUGUGAAAAUUAUAUGAAUUGACCACUGGAAAGAUUAAAUUUUGGCUUAAAGGGCAAAAUAGCUGUGAAAAUUAUAUGAAUUGACCACUGGAAAGAUUAAAUUUUGGCGUAAAG